AUGACGCAGAGCAAAGUGGUGCUGUACAUGCGUUUUGAACCCAAGGUUAGUUGUUCAAAUAUCCAUGAAAGAAGAGAAAUCAAGUCCGAAUCGGUGCCUGGUCCACCAGGUUUUCACUGGCAAUUUGCUGAUGCAUUUACAGACACAAUCUUACAAGGUCAGUCAAUUACAACCUCUCAGACCAUCAUAUCUGCUGCUGGUAACUUUGAAUUAGGAUUCUUCUCGCCUGGAAACUCCACAAAUUAUUAUGUGGGGAUAUGGUACAAGAAAGUCUCAGACAAAACCAUUGUCUGGGUGGCUAACCGAGACUAUGCGUUCAAAAAUCCGUCUGUGGUUCUUACUGUCAGCACAGAUGGUAACCUCGAGAUUUUGGAAGGGAAGUUUGCCUACAAGAGCUUUGACUAUCCAUCGCACGCUUUCUUGCCGGGGAUGAAAAUUGGAUAUGACAAAAGGGCUGGAAAAACAUGGUCAUUGACGUCAUGGAAGAGCACUGAAGAUCCCAGUCCAGGACCUGGUUCCUGA